AUGGCUUCUCACACUCCGGCCGUUGUCAUGGACAACGGUACCGGUUACUCCAAGCUUGGUUUCGCUGGAAACGAUUCUCCCUCCUUCGUCUUCCCUACCGCCAUAGCGACCAAAAAUGCCGCAGGAGCUAGUGCAGGCUCUGGAUCUGGACGUCCUGCAGUUGCCAACAAGCCUUCAUAUCUUACAGGUGGUGCUGGGCCAGGAGGUCAUCUAUCAAUGAAACGUGGAACUGAAGAUUUGGACUUCUUUAUCGGAGACGAGGCAUUAGCAGCCGCAAGUGGACCAGGUUAUGGCAUAAACUAUCCGAUUCGUCACGGACAAAUUGACAACUGGGAUCACAUGGAAAGAUUCUGGUCCAAUUCGAUAUUCAAAUAUCUCCGCGUUGAGCCAGAAGAUCAUUACUUUCUGUUAACGGAACCUCCACUCAAUCCACCCGAGAACCGCGAGAAUACUGCCGAAAUUAUGUUCGAAUCCUUUAAUUGUGCUGGUCUAUACAUUGCCGUCCAAGCUGUACUCGCAUUGGCUGCGUCGUGGACUUCAUCCAAAGUUUCUGAUCGAUCCUUGACUGGAACCGUAAUUGAUUCUGGAGACGGUGUAACACACGUAAUUCCUGUUGCGGAAGGAUACGUUAUUGGAUCAUCAAUUAAAUCAAUUCCUAUCGCUGGUCGAGACAUUACAUAUUUCAUUCAAUCCUUACUUCGAGAUAGAGGCGAACCGGACUCCUCAUUGAAGACUGCCGGCGAAAUUAAAGAAAAAUAUUGUUACGUCUGCCCAGAUAUUGUCAAGGAAUUUGGUCGUUUCGACCGCGACCCUACGAGAUUCGAGAAGCAUACCGUUACACAGCCCGGCGGGCGUCAAGUAACUGUUGAUGUUGGUUACGAAAGGUUCCUUGCACCAGAAAUCUUCUUCAACCCAGAAAUUCACUCCUCCGAUUUCUUGACUCCACUUCCAACAGUGGUCGACGGCGUCAUUCAAUCUUCGCCUAUUGAUGUUCGUCGUGGACUGUACAAGAAUAUUGUCUUGUCUGGAGGAAGUACAUUAUACAAAGAUUUUGGUCGCAGGUUGCAACGUGAUAUCAAACAUUUAGUAGAUGACAGAAUUAGAGCCAGCGAAGCACGAAGUGGUGGCGCAAGAAGUGGAGGUUUGGAAGUUCAAGUCAUUUCCCAUAAGAGACAACGACAUGGUCCAUGGUUCGGUGGUAGUCUUUUGGGUCAGACCCCUGAGUUCAGAUCUUAUUGUCACACCAAAGCAGAGUAUGAUGAGAUAGGUCCAAGCAUUGUCCGAAGAUUCGCUUUGUUGGGAGGACCAGGAGGAUCGUAG